UAUCGGAGUCAUCUUUGCGUACAAUGAAUUUAAAUACUGUACAUUUGCACCUGACUGACAAUAACUUUAUAUUUAAACAGUAAUCGUAACAUUGUGCUUCCUUUUAGAUUUUGAUUUUCUACGAAAAUGUGGGAUCUACUGCAAGUACGAGCGGUCACUACACUUCCGCUGUGAUAACGGAAAAGAUCGACAACAGACAAGUCUGUAAAAUUUAACCUCUCAUUGUGAAUAUUAUAAUCAGCAUUCGUUUUAGCCUGUAAGCAAGUCACUGAGAUGGCAUCUACAACAACAUCCAGCUCCUCAUCUUUCAAACUUGCGCUGGUCAGCUGCUUGAUAUUCCUUGGUCUGCUCCCUUGCUGCUACUCACGGUCUGGUCAAAUGAAAAACAAGGAUUUUAAUAUCUCAUGUCAGAGCUCUUAUGUAAAAGACACAUUGGGAACUGUAACAUGUGCGAUGGACUUAGGGAUCUUUGAAUCCCAGUGCAGCCCUCAACCAGGUCUUCUUCAAUUUUAUAUGGGUAGUAGCAAUCUUCCUAAAUGCGACGUUCUCUAUUUUACGAAAUUUGACAAUUGCCUAGGAAGGGAACCAGCAGAUGGAGUCGUCGACUGUGUGGGAGAAUUUCCACAUAAAAUAAACUAUAGCUGCCAUUUUAUAGCAACUAGCACAUUCAAAGGAAAAAGUGCACAGUGUGUCGUUCAUUGCAAAAAUGCUAGCACGGGAGUAAAGUAUGGAACGCUCGUUACCGAGAAAUGCCAUUUGAAGUUUGGGAAAUCACCAAAAGGACCAUCAACUCGAAGACCAAAGAAAAAACCCCAACAAGUGAAAAAAUUUCCGCUAAUGGCAUUACUUAUUGCUUGUGCCAUUGCUGGUGUCAUUGUAUUAGUGGCGUGCCUGACGUGGAGAAAUUGUCACGAGGUCGAACGUGACUCAGUGCCAAAUGCAGAAGGGACAGAGCUACAGACAGACGCAUCAGGAUGGACAGAGACAACUACAGCAACAACAGAAUUGACAGAGCAACCUACAACAAUAUCAGGAAUGACCGAGUAACAGUCAGAAAUAUUACCUUGAGAAGAAGCAGCUGAGGGGGAGUAAACAACCGGAACUACAACAAAACAUCACAACAAAUGCAGUGACCAGAAAUAGAGAGAGCAACUCGUUCAUCACAAGACAACAGAAUACUGAAUUUUGAUGAUUACUGAUUUUAUUUUACAUAAAUUUAUGAGUUACCGGCAUGUGGCAAUGUAGAUAGCACACAAAGCAACGAAAUCUAGUGUGUAGAGAUCGAAGGAGUAGGUUUAAAAUAUAAAUACUGAGUUUUUUGUAACUUUUAAUCAUCAGUAGCAUCAAAAGUAACCAAAAGGACAAAAAAGAACACUGCGAUCAAUUAAGUAUUAAUUUGUUAUUAUUUUUAGACAUUUUCUUUUCUUUUACGCUUUAACAUUCUUCGACGAAUUUGUUUCGUCUGUUAUAAACAAAAGUA